CGCGGCUGGGAAUAAAAUGAUGACUUUGAGGCGGUGACGGCAUGUUUGUGUGUUGAGCAGGUACAAGGUAGCAACUAAGACUUUUAGAGUAGGAGACUUUUCUCAGAAUAUAACUGUUAUAAGAGGAAAAGCAUCUUUUACAUCAGAUACAGUCGCUAACAAAGAGUACAGGUAUUUUAGGACUUACUGUAGGGAUGUACACGGUGUCUCGUGGCACGAAAAUUGGCGCAUAGAUAAUGACAUAACCUUGAUCCCUGAGUUUCUGGCUGUAUUCGAAUCCACGCAUAUGUGCAUAUUGCCUUUGAUGCAUGUGAUGUGAAACAUGGAGAAGAUGGAAGAUCUUUCAGAAAAUGAAAUACUAUCAAAAGGCUAUGAUAAUUUAGAUGGAAGGUUUCUGUCAAACAGGAAAGAAAAAAAGAAACUUAAAAAACUCAGGAGGGAAAAGAAGCAUGAAAUAAAGGAUGGGUUGAGUUCUCCAUAUGAAGUAAAAGACACACGUGGACUCUCAAGAAAGAGGAAAAUCUCCAAAUCUGAACAAUUGGUGAAUAUUGAUUCAGAUGCUUUAGACUGUGAUGAGGGGACAAAGACAGACAGUGAGUCUUAUGACAGUAAACCUGCUGAUGACACUGAAAUAGCCGACAUUUCUCAAAGGCUGAAUAGCCCAACAGAGCCUCCAAGUGAAUCUGUGGUGGAUGAAGAUCGGUCAGAUGAGGAAAGUGAAUUGAUAGCUGUGAAAGCAGAACUAUCACAGAUGUCAUUUGAGGAGCUGCAGCAGCUACAAGAGAAGCUUGGGAUGAAAGUUUUUCAUCAGGUGAUGCAUGGGAAAGCCUCCACAUCAGGAAAGAAACCCACCAGAGAAGAAAAAUCGGUUUUUAGAAGGGAGAGCAAAAGCAUGCCUAUGGAGAUUACAUCAAAGAAGAGAGUAUCCAGAUUUAGACAUGUGAUUCCAACCAAGAAAAGGGUGAUCCGUGACCCCAGAUUUGAUGAGAGGUCCGGGGCGUAUGAUGAGAAGCUCUUCAAGAAGUCUUACUCGUUCAUUGAGGAUGUCAAAGAGCGAGAGAGACAGAAAUUAAAAAAACAGCUAAACAAGGCAAAAGAUGCUGAGGCAAAAGCAAAGAUUAAAUCCCUGUUGAACAGAAUGGGCCAACAACAGCAGGCUGAAGAGGCAAAGGCAAAGAAAGCUGAGAAGGAAAAAGAGUGGAACAAACGAGAAAAAGAACUUGUAGCACAAGGAAAGAAACCAUUCUUCUUAAAAAAGUCGGACAAACGUAAACUAGAGUUGGCGGAAAAAUACAGAGAGUUGAAAAAGUCUGGAAAACUUGAGAAGUACCUGAGCAAAAAGAGAAAAAAGAACUCACAAAAAGAGAGGAGGAAAAUGUUGAAUUGAGAAACAAAUACGACAGUGGUAGGACUGCCAGUGGGCUAUUAUUUCAGCACUAGUCCACUCAUGUUUACAUCAUACACUUUUCCAUUCACUUGAUGUGUUUUUGGAAUGGAAUCAAUGAUACCCAUCAAAUACUAAAGGCAAAACAGAUCAUCGACAUUAUUGGUAUUAUAGGUUGCCUGGCUCUAAUUUUUCACGUUGAUUAGAUCCUGAAGCUUCGAUGUUUGAUGAACAAGACGGUGAACCUCUCGCUCAGCUAUAUGUAUUUUUUUUUGCAUUUCAUGAUAGGCGGAAGAUAAUUUAUAAGCGUGGCAGAUGAUCUGUCAAUCGUGUCAGAGAGGGACAGUGGGUUAGAAAAGUGAAUUUUGGGUUAUAACUUACAGUGCAAUAGUUUGUGAGAACUCAGGUGUGUUGUAGAGCGGUGGAUAAGAACUAGAUUGAGCUGUAUGGAUCAGGCGUUGAGGAAUGAGUUGUGGAGUUGUUAGUGAGUACAUACAACCAGGGGUUCAUUCCUUUCGUCUAACAGCCUCUGGUGGCAGAUUCAGUGACCACCUGAGGACACAGGAUAAUGUCACCAUGUUCCGUAUGUCGCGUCAAGUCGCGUGAAUGAAGACGCUACAAUACACUCCACCGACCACCGACGUCAGCUACUACCUCCCCCAGUAGCCACUGGGGAGUGAAUGGAGCGGACCCCAGUAUGAAGUAUUUGGGGUCGUUGUGAAACGAUGAUAAUGGCAAUCUGUGGAUCUAAAUUAUGGGCAGUGAUACUGAGAUGUCAAACCAGAUUUUGUCCAUUUUGGUACAAUAGAUGUUGUGCACUAAAUAAGCUUUCAUGUCCAUUGCUGUACAUCUGAUGUAUCUUUAAACGUUUCUCGUAUCUGCGUGGUCUUACACGGAGCUCUGCGGAGGCCAUUUGCACCCUACAAUAUGGUACACACCUUGAGCUUGUUUUCUGGGAAAAACAUUGUUUCAGUCUUGCGAAAGAUUGGUGGACUGCCUCAUGUUCCUUCAGUCAUUAAUAGAUGAGUGCGAUCAAAUAAAUGAAUGGACAGCAAAAUACCGAAAGGUCCUGCAUGUGGCGUGUACAUAUCUCGCCUUGUAGCGUUAGUUAGAUUCUGCGUGUUGUGUGAUUGUAUCA